AACAUCCUGUGUGUGUUAUAAGCGCGCGUGUGUGUGUGUGGUAAGUGUGUGGUGUGUGUGUGAGUGUGUGGUGGGCGUGUUUAGCUGAGCUUCUUUAGCAGGACAGCUGUUGGGCGUGUGCUACGACCAGCGCGACCUCAGAAACCUCCACACAUCUGUCCGCGCAUGCUCAUUAAAAACGGGGUUAACGGCCGUUAGCGACGGUAAGAAGCGGUACGUUAAGCUGGAAAGAGGGGUGAAAACGGACGGCGGGCGAGUUUUACGCUAAACUUCAGCGUUAAAGGAAGGAAAUGUGAGGAAACGGCGCUGACGUCGCUCUGUGAGUCGCGCAGGGAGGGGAGUUUAGUUAGUUAAAAGUUUUCAUAGUUAAACUACUUGGACCUGGACAUGCUGGAGUCUGGAGCUGCUCUGUUUUUGUUGUUGUCCUUCAGCUUCAGUCCUUUUCUUCUCCUCCUGCUGCUGCUGGGUUCACUCCAUUAACUCCACGGUUUAACAGAGUUUAGAAACUGUAGCUGAAUUUUGUAUUUUCUAGUCUGCACUGUUUGUUUUAUACGUGCUGUUUCUACUGAUACCCUGAGCUUAACUCCUUCAUAGCUGAAGUAACAAACAAUGGCUAAAGCAGCUUUCAGCGUGGGCAGGCACUGCGCAGUGGUAGUCACAGCUGUGCUGCUCCUCGGCUUCAUCUCCCCUUUCGUGGCUGAAGAUGCGUCCUGUCAUGGAGCUUUCGACCUCUACUUUGUGUUGGACAGAUCUGGAAGUGUUUCCGCUGAUUGGAAUCAGAUAUAUGACUUUGUGCAGAAUCUGGUGGACCGUUUUGUUAGCCCAAAAAUGAAGAUAUCCUUCAUUGUUUUCUCCACCCAAGCCAAGACAAUUCUACCGCUGACUGGAGACAGGGCAAAGAUACAAAAUGGCUUGCAGGAGCUGAAAGCCGUCAAGCCUGCAGGUGAUACGUACAUGCAUGAAGGCAUUAAACAGGCAAAUGAGCAAAUAAAAAACCAAAUGCAAAAGUCCUCAAGCAUCAUUGUUGCCUUAACCGAUGGAAAGCUUGAACCUUAUAUUCAUGAUUUGACAUCAAAAGAGGCAGAUGAAGCAAGGAAAUAUAAUGCCCGAGUGUACUGCGUUGGGGUGAAAGACUUUGACAAAGAUCAGCUGGCUGAAGUGGCCGACACCCCAGAGCAAGUUUUCCCAGUCAAAGACGGCUUUCAGGCUCUUAAAGGAAUCGUUAACUCAAUCCUUAAGCAGUCCUGCAUAGAAGUCUUGACAGUGGAGCCGUCCAGCGUCUGUGUGAAUCAGUCCUUUGACAUGGUCCUAAGAGGGAACGGGUUCACGCUGGGGAGAGCCAAAGAGGGAGUCCUCUGCAGCUUCACGGUGGACGGUAUGAAAUACAAUCAGAAGCCAACCACAGUGAGAAAUAACUACGUGCUGUGUCCUGCACCGGUGCUGCAAUAUGUGGGACAAACUAUGGAGGUACUCGUCAGCUUGAAUGGUGGGACGUCAUAUAUCACAAGUCCUUUCACAAUCACUGCCUCAACUUGUUCGGAUGGUACGGUGGUCCUCAUUGUGUUCCUGGUGCUGUUGCUGCUUCUGGCUCUGGCUCUCAUGUGGUGGUUUUGGCCUCUCUGCUGCACUGUGGUCAUUAAAGAUCCUCCUCCUCAAAGACCUCCUCCACCUCCUCCUAAACCCGAGGAGGACCCACUGCCCAAGAAGAAGUGGCCAACAGUGGACGCGUCGUAUUAUGGAGGAAGAGGAGUCGGUGGGAUCAGGCGAAUGGAGGUACGCUGGGGUGAGAAAGGCUCCACAGAGGAGGGAGCAAGACUGGAGAUGGCCAAGAACGCAGUGGUGUCCGUACCAGAAGAGGUAGAAGAGCCUAUGAUCAAAAAGCCGACACCCGCACCAAACUACCACCACACAGAGACUAAGUGGUACACGCCAAUCACGGGCCGUCUUGAUGCACUGUGGGCUCUACUGCGGAGACAGUACGACCGCGUUUCCCUAAUGCGACCCACUACUGCGGAUAAGGGACGGUGUAUGAAUUUCAGCCGUGUGCGGCAGUAGACAGACUUCAAUCGCUGAAAUAUGUGGACGCCCAAUAUUUCAGAGUGGACAACGAAAAAAAAAAAAGAAAAAACAUCAGGUCUUCAACAAUCAGUUUUUGUUGGAGUUUAUAUAUAUAUAUAUAUAUAUGUGUGUGUGUGUGUGUGUGUGUAUAUGUAUAUAUAUAUAUAUAUAUAUAUAUAUAUAUAUAUAUAUAAACACAAAUAUCUUGUUUGCAGAGCAUCAGAAGCGCAGCACAUAUCCGCGUAGGGCUCAUUUAAUUCUCCGCAUUGGCCGAACCCAGUCGCUACAUCUGCUUUAAAUUAUUUAUAUUGUAACCCUCAAGCUGCUAAAGGAGGAUUGAGUCAUGAUUAUGUGUUUUAGCCUAAACUCCGAUAAACUCAGAUAAAGUAAAUACAGCAGAAAGUGCCUGAAUUUGUGCCGGAUCGGGUUAGCCGCUUUGUGCGCACCAAAGGCUUAACAUAUUCUGACCAUAUUGUGCCUUCUGUGGGGGGAAAAAAACUAAUUUUAAUGGACACAGACGGAGGCUAUUUAAAAAAACGAAAACACAAAAAAAAUAGAAAAUACACACACACACACACAGAACGAGUAGAGGCUGUUUGCCGUUGGCGUGGAAGUAGAAAUAAUCCCAGUAGAGGCUCGGGGAGUGCAGAAGUCCAGUGCCUUUUGGCAAUGUCUCACCACAAAGCCUCUCCAUGUCCAGUAUCGCCCGCCCGAUGCCUGGCGGGACCUCUUUGACUGGAGAUCUUGUCAUUUUAACACUGAGAAGUGCACACGCAUGACAAAUUGUAGACAGAACGCCCUUAAGGUACUGGACGCAAUAAGACUUUGCCCUUUAGUUCGUGAAGACACCUUUCUAUCAUUGUGCACUCGGGACCUAAAAAUUAAUAGAGCGUUAUUGCACCGCAAGACAGGCCGUGUGACCGAAGGACUGCGGCUACUUUUUGAGGGACAGAUGCUUCAAGACCUUGACAUGGUAGUUUGUAUGUUUUCAUGUUUUUUUUUUUUUUUUUUUUUUUUUCGGCACCCUCCCCUCCAGCAAGCCUCCCUCUUACCCACCCUCCUGUGUUUCCUCGCUCUCCAGUGCUCGAACUAUCACCACCCAUCAAUGUGUCCAGUUUUUUUUUUUUUUUUUUUUUUUUACAUUUUUUAAGAUAUCCAGUCUUUCCCCUCAUCGCUGCUUUUCUCUCUGAGGGGUCUCCCCGACGGCGUCUCGACCCAGCAGCUCGCUCAGCACCGAUACUCAGUAUCUGAGUAUCAAAGUUUAAUUAAAAUAAUUAAAAGCAACAGAAAGCAGCAGCCUGUGAAGAUAGCUUUAGCUCAUCUCUUUUUUUGUUCCUUUUUUUUUUUUUUUUUCAAUGCCUCCUGACAUUGAAUGACCCGUUACUCCUGUUACUCCCGGGAGUAACUUCCUUACAAUGAAUGAAAAGGUCUGAAAUUAAAAAAAUAUAUAUCUCUCCAAAAGGAACAAAAAAAAAGGGGAUGAUGGGCGAUGGAUGGAUAAGUAAGUAUUGUUCAUUUUCAGAAAUGAUUCUCAUACAGUUUAACAACCCCCCCCCCUUCUCUCUCUAAAACACAUACACACAUACACAAAAAAAACGAGCAGUACACACACACAUAUAUAUAUAUAUUUAUAUAUUGUGUAUUGUAUUGUUGUGGGUCCGGCCGGCGCGCUGUCACGACGCCGUUCGCGAAAUGAUGCCAGUGCGGGCGGAAACACUGCGGGGGGAGGAAAAGGGGCGGCAGCUGAAGAAAAAGGCUCGAACGAUCCAGUCACUUUCGAUACGCUACUUCAGAUGCAAAAUGGAUAUUCGAGUCGAAAUCUGACAAAGCGCGCCAGCUUUGACGGGAAGCGGUAUAGACAAUGACCAGUGGCUGGGUCAGUGGGAUGUCUCGGUGCAAGCAGGGAAGCUUAUCAAAUGACACUAAAAAUAAGUUCAACAACCAUCAAGUUUGAGGGGGGAACAGAACAGGGUGCAGCGGCUCCCACUCGCCUGGGCAUGCAAGUGCACCAGACAGUAGGGGCGUCGCACACACACAAGCGCCCAGGCCCGGUCUAAUUAUUCCUUUGUUGUGCUCGUCUUCAACUGUAAGAGACGAGCAUUAGUCUUCUAGACCUGAAAAAAUAAAAAAAUAAACGUACAAAGUGACAUAUAUUUAAAAAAAAUAUAUAUAUAUAUUCCUAUUCUGCUGAUGUACUUAAAAAAAAAAAAAAGCGUGAUGCACCUUUUUCUCCCCGAUAAAUUUAUCUAAAACUGAUAAAUCGUGAUUAAUGUAUUUUUUUGUUUUGUUUUGUCAGGAAUCGAAGAACUGUUAUUAACCCUUACUAAUGAGCGUACAUAUUUACAUAUUGGUCACAACACAGCUUUUUUUCAGCGUACUAACUCACUGCGUACAAUUAAGCAGCACGAUUUCGCCCUGGCCUCUCCAAAGCACUCUGGUGGAGAGAGAGCGCAGGGUUGCGUUUUUUUGUGUUUUUUUAUUUUUAUUUUUAUCUAUAUUUUUUUCUAUGUGUUUUAAAUAUUUGUCUCAGUAUUACUUUUUUUAUAUAUUGUUUUAUAUUUAUGUGUUUAUAUUAUUAUUCUUAUUCUUAGUUUAUUUGCCUUAUUUUGUGUGCACACAAUGUAUAUGGAGAGGGGAAGGUGGCAAUUGAAAAAAAAAAAGUUUAAAUUGCCUUUUUUUUACAUUAUCACAAUAUUAUUUGCAAGAAAAAUUGUUUUAGAUUUUUUUUGGUAUCGCAAAGCCCUUUUUUAAAGUGAGCAUAAAACCUUUUUAACAGUUUUGUUAAAAAGUAUUUAAUUAUUAAUUAUUAUAACUAUACAUUUUAUAAAUGUAUUUUGUUAUAUUUAAAUUGGCUGCACAAUUAGAAGUAAAAUGAUGAAAAAAGAUGAAAUAUUUCAUAUUUACAUUUUGUUUAAUUAGAUUUCUAUUAAAAUUACUUUUAAAUAAAUUUUCGAUUGUUGGAACAAAUAAAUGCACUAUAUUCUGUGUAGAGACAAGCACAACUUUGCCAUAUAUAUAAUCCCAGUCUGUGCCUUUUAAAUAAUGAAAAUUGAGAUUGUUGAUCUGUGUGUUUUAUAAUCUGUAAUGCUGUGAUUGUAAACAUAUCACUGAACUCUGGCCACUGAAUGUACAACACCCUCGUUUCAAGUCCAUGUUCCUCUCUUCAACAGCGCGCACCAAAAAUCAGCAUCAGCAGAAAUCACACUCUUUUAUAGUAACUUAUAAGCUUCACAUCAUGCAUCAAGUUAAAAUGAACCAGCUUUUAUUUUCAGAAAAUUAGUUUUAAUUAGUUGUUAAUUAUUGUGUAUAUUAAUAAUAAUAGUUUUAUAUUUUUGCAGUUAUUUUAUAGACGCAGUAGAAGUUUCACUUGUGCUAAAACACUCUCACACUGCACUUCAUUGUAAUGCAUUUUUAAUUCCAUUUCUCUUUUUUAUUGUGAUCAAACCUCUAUUUUCUGUCCGUUACUGCUCUGUCUCCGUUUGUAUGAAAUAAAUAAAUGCGUAUUUUGUAAAAAGCA